AUUUCAUCAUUCCAAUAUGUUUAUAAAUAGGUGUAGGACACAACUUAAAUUUGUGUAAUAAGUCAAGUUUAUAUAAUAAGCAAUAUUAUAUAUAUAUACGAACAAAACCUAAAAUGUCGCAUGACAAAUUAUUUGUCGAAGAUAAGAUUGGAAGGCGGCUGGAUCGAUGUGUUUCAGAUGCUGUAGUUAAAGGAUGUGGUGGCCUAAUCAUUGGGUUGGCUAUGUCUGUGAUUUUUUUCAAAAGACGACCAUGGCCUGCAUUGCUUGGAACUGGAUUUGGUAUUGGUGUCGCAUAUAGAACAUGUGAAAAAGAAGUUAACUUGUUUAAGUAAUUGACAAAAAAUAAAUUUGUGUCGUUGAAAAAUUAUAAAUUAAAAAAACGCAUUUUUUUAC